CUUUAACCGUUACUCUUUUUUUCUCUCAGUCUUCGUACAUUUCUGUAGAAAGCUUCUCUCUCUCUAUUUCUCUGUGUGACGGUGAAGAGACGUGAACUAAUCGAUCUGUCAUCAUAUAGGAAGUAGAGGGGUUCGUCAGAAGAACUGUAGUUCAGAGUUCCAGCAGGACAGAAUGGAGUCCACCUUGCUCUGUGUGUUACUCUUGCUGAAUACACACAUCAACUCUGGACACUCUGAAGAUGAUGAUGGAGUGGCGAAGGCUGUUCUGACCAUACACCCCAACAGAUCCCAGAUAUUCAGUGGAGAGUCUGUCACUCUCAGAUGUGUCAUACAGGGGGGAGGAGUCACUGACUGGAAAUACACAUGGCGCAAGAUUGGUCAUUCUGACUCCUCCAGUAAGAGGAAUGAACAUGAGGUCAGUGCUGCUAAGAUUUCCGACAGUGGUGAUUACAGAUGUCUGGGUUCACAUCAGCAGCAGGAUUCUAAACGGAGUGAUGUAGUAAGACUGACAGUGACACCUCUGCCCAAAGCUACACUGACUGUAGAACCAAACCCUGUGUUCCCUGGAGAGACAGUUACUCUGACGUGUUCAGUAGAGUCUGACAGUAGCUGGAACUAUCAGUGGUACAAAGACAGGAAUGAUAAUGUAGUAUCCCAGUCUGGCAGACACACUAUAACAGGAGACACUCUCACCAUCAAUGGAGCAACAGUGAAUGAGGGUCCAUACUGGUGUCAGGGAGCGAGAGACUCCAGACCCACUUCUUCAUCCAUCAGUGACCCUGUCACUAUCACUGUCAAUGCUCUGCCUGUGGCCUCAGUGAGUGUCUCUCCUCCGGCUCUCCUCUACUCUGGAGAGACAGUCAGUCUGCAGUGUGUCAUACCAGGCUACACAGACUGGAGGUACUACUGGUACAAAAACAACCAACACCUUCCUGAUGAGACCAGUAAAGUCAUAGAUAUCACCAUCCCCAGCACUCAGAUUGGUCAGGCUGGUCAGUACAGGUGUGAAGGGAACAGAGUGUCUAGACCCACAUCUUCACUACCAAGUGAUCCUGUCACUCUCACUGUAAAAGCUCUGCCUGUGGCCUCAGUGAGUGUCUCUCCUCAGGGUCUCCUCUACUCUGGAGAGACAGUCAGUCUGCAGUGUGUCAUACCAGGCUACACAGACUGGAGGUACUACUGGUACAAAAACAACCAACACCUUCCUGAUGAGACCAGUAAAGUCAUAGAUAUCACCAUCCCCAGCACUCAGACUGGUCAGGCUGGUCAGUACAGGUGUGAAGGGAACAGAGUGUCUAGACCCACAUCUUCACUACCAAGUGAUCCUGUCACUCUCACUGUAAAAGCUCUGCCUGAGGCCUCAGUGAGUGUCUCUCCUCAGGGUCUCCUCUACUCUGGAGAAACAGUCAAUCUGCAGUGUGUCAUACCAGGCUACACAGACUGGAUGUACCUCUGGUUCAGAGACAACCAACAGCUUCCCAGUCAGACCAGUAAAAGCAUCACAUUCCCCAUCACUCAGACUGGUCAGUACAGAUGUGAAGGGAAGAGGAGAGAUCAUCCCCAGAGGUCACAACCCAGUGAUUAUGUCACCAUAAUUGUCACUGCCUUUCCCAAAGCUACACUGUCUGUAGAGCCAAACCCUGCAUUCCCUGGAGAGACAGUUACUCUGAUGUGUUCAGUAGGGUCUGACAGUAUCUGGAGCUAUAAGUGGUACACAGACAGGAAUGAUAAUGUAGUAUCCCAGUCUGUCAGACACACUAUAACAGGAGACACCCUCACUAUCAGUAGAGCUGCUGAGUCUGACCAGGGUCUCUACUGGUGUCAGGGAGAGAUCCAGUCCAGAUCCAUAUCAUCAAUCAACAGUGAUCCUGUCACUAUCACCCUGAAUGCUCUACCCAGAGCAUCAGUGAGUAUCUCUCGUCAGUUUGUCCUCUACCCUGGAGAUACAGUCACUCUGCAGUGUGACAUAUCAGACUACACAGACUGGACGUACUACUGGUUUAUAGACAACCAACAGCUUCCCAGUCCGACCAGAAAAACCAUCACCAUCUCUCUCCCUGACCAGGCUGGUCAGUACCAGUGUGUUGGGAUGAGGAGAGGUCGGCCCCAGAUGUCAUAUUACAGCUCAGCUCUCCCCAUCAUCAUCACUGCUCUGCCCACGGCCUCAGUGAAGAUAGUCACUCCACAGGGUCUCCUCUACCCUGGAGAGACAGUCACUCUGCAGUGUGACAUAUCAGACUACACAGACUGGACAUACCGCUGGUUCAGAAACAAUGAAGAGCUUCCCAUUCAGACCAGAAAAAACAUCGCCAUCUCUCUCCCUGACCAGGCUGGUCAGUACCAGUGUGUUGGGAUGAGGAGAGGUCGGCCCCAGAUGUCAAAUUACAGCUCAGCUCUCCCCAUCAUCAUCACUGCUCUGCCCAAAGCUACACUGACUGUAAAACCCAACCCUGUGUUCCCUGGAGAGACAGUCACUCUGACAUGUUCAGUAGGAUCUGACAGUAUCUGGAGCUAUAAAUGGUACAAAGACAGGAAUUAUAAUGUAGUAUCCCAGUCUGGUUACAACUACAUUGAAGUCUCUCACAUCAGUAGAGCUGCUGAGUCUGACCAGGGUCAGUACUGGUGUGAAGGGAAAAGUGUGUCUAGACCCACAUCUUCACAACCAAGUAAUGCUAUUACUCUUACUGUAAAAGAUAGUCGUCCGACGGCCACACUGAGUUCUGACAAAGAGGAAGUAUUCGCAGGAGACAGCGUGACACUGAGCUGUACUGUAGAGUCUCCUGGAUGGAAGUUUUACUGGUACAGACACAGACCAGACUCUACACCAGUAACCACAACCUCUGGAUACUCCUACACACUCAGCUGGGUCAGUGUCUCUGAUGGAGGACAGUACUGGUGCAGAGCUGGGAGAGGAGACCCAGUCUACUACACCCUGUACAGUGACCCAGUCCAGAUAAACAUUACUGAGAGGCCUGUUGCUGUUCUGACCCUCCAACCCAACUGGACCCAGAUAUUCAUUGGAGAGACUGUUACUAUGAGAUGUGACAUACAGGGAGGAGGAGACUCUGACUGGAACUACAGAUGGUAUAAGAAUAGUCAGGUAGUGAUCCCCUUUAACACAAAGCCUGAGUACAGAAUCAGUCCUGUCUACUGGUCUAACAGUGGUUCAUAUACCUGUGAGGGUAUAAAGGGAAACAAGUUCUCCAAGACCAGUGAUGCUGUACAACUAACCGUGUCUGAUCAACCCAAGGCUGUCCUGAGUAUCUUUCCUCAGUGGAUGAACCCUGGAGACUCAGUAAUGCUGAGCUGUGAAGUUGACAAGACGUCUACAGGCUGGAGGUUCUCCUGGUACAGGACUGUUCCCUACAGAGCUAGGUUACCCUCCCUAUCAGACAAGUCUUACUCUCUACAGCCCCUAUCUGACAAUGUGACUAGUGAAGACUCCUACACUCUGAUCCCUGCUGGUCCUACUCACACAGGAGGAUAUGUGUGUAGAGCUGGGAGAGGAGACCCAGUCUAUGACACACUCUACAGUGAACCUCAGUUUCUCUGGUCAGGAGAUCUGCAGCCUUCAGUGUCUCUUACAGUAAAUCCCAACACAACUCAACACUUUACAUCAAAGUCUCUCUCACUGAGCUGUGAGGAGAAGGGGAACUCUACUGGAUGGAGACUGAUGAGCUACAGAGAGAGAAGAGUGAAGUCAGGGUGUGUCUCUACCUGGAGAUCAAUAACAGAAUCCACCUGCACCAUCAGAUCAUUGACAACAUGGUACAGUGGAGUGUUCUGGUGUGAGUCUGGAUCAGGAGAGUACAGUAAUGCUGUCAACAUCACAGUAAAUGAUGGUGAUGUGAUCCUGGAGAGUCCUGUCCAUCCUGUGACUGAAAGAGACCCUGUGACUCUGUGCUGUAAAUACCGGACAAUCAAAUCAAACUUCAAGCCUGAUUUCUACAAAAACGGAGUACUCAUCAAGAAUGAGACCACAGGAGAGAUGACCAUCCCUACAGUAUCCAAGUCAGAUGAAGGAUUCUAUAAGUGUAAAUCUGGUGAAGGAGAAUCACCAGAGAGCUGGGUGACAGUGAGAGGUGACAAAAUGUUCUCUCCAGUUGUAUCUCCUGGAUCCUCUACACCAGUCCUAGUAGGAGUGGUUGUGGGUCUGCUUGUUGCUGGUGUCCUACUGGUCAUUCUCCUGGUCCUGCUCGUGAGAUAUCAAAACAGCAAAGGUUCCUGUUUCAACAGAAUAUUCUGGCCCCCUCAGCCCCAGAGCACCAACCGUGACCCCCAACAGGACCAAGGAUCUGGGUAUACACAUCAGCAGCAUGGUGACGCCAACAUCUACGAUACCAUCAAUUCCUCAGACAACAAUGAUAAUGAUGUUACUGGUGCUUCUGCUGCUGGACCAAGUCAUGUGACUUGCACCCAGAUUCAACUGAAAAAGUUGGACAACAAAAAGAAAGCAGGAGCUGGAUCUGUUGACGUGACCUAUGCUGAGGUUGACCUCCAAAGAAAGGCCAAAGCCAAGAAGAAGAGAGAAACACCAAACCCACCAGAGACAGAUUCAGUCUAUUCUCUAGUGAAGACAUACACAGUCCCCGGAGCAGCAAGACCUGUUGAUGUGACCUAUGCUGAGGUUGAUCUCCAAAAGAAGAACAAAGCCAAGAAGAAGAGAGCAACCCCACCCGAGGCAGAUUCAGUCUAUUCUCAAUUGAAGCCACGGUCAUGCCCUGGUCCUUGAGGGAGAUGGAGGGACACAUCAUCAGAGGAGGAGCAGGAAAUACCUGGGAAUAUAGAUUAUUCACACAUGCGCGCACAGACACACAAGCACACCCACAGAUACACACACACAAAGGAUUUAUAUAUAUAUAUAUCAACAAAUAUAUUUGAUUUAAUAUUGGUUUAACUGUGUAUUACUGCAACAGGUUUUGAAACAAUGAUAUGAUGUUAUGAUUAUUAUCUGUAGCUACAGCAAGUGUAUUGAGUUGUUGUGUUGUAAAUCUAUUGGCAUGUA